GAUGCGAAGCUCUUCAUGCUGAUGGUCCAGGCUGAGCAUGGGGCCCUCUUCCGAUUGCGCCACGGGAGCGGGGGGUGGUCAAGACAGUGCGACCUGGGGACCGGACGGUCGGCGAUUGACUCCUUCUGGAGGCCCAUGAUUUCCAGAGGGUGCUUGCGAGCCUCUGGCAAUCGCAACUACUGGGGCAUAUCAGACAACGCGACCCUGAAACCGGUCCUUGAUAAGGCUGUGAAUCCAAGCCAUCCACCGGAUGUCUCCAGCUUCUCCAACUACGUGUACGAAGACAUCCCGACGUUUGGGCUUUUCAUCUCCCCAGGGCUCGAUGAGGAGCUCUCUGUUGGUCGCUGUCGACCUGAAAAACCCGAUGCUAGCAGCGGACGCGUGCGCAGAUGCCAUGCGCUUGAGACGCACAACAUGAGUCUGGCAGCAUGCCGACUGCGGGCCUUGCGCAUCGGGGCAGAUACAGUGAUGGUGGACGGCGAGGCGUGCGAGCUGCUGAAGUGCUUGAACGCGGCCUCCGCCCUUCAGUAUGCGCAGAGCAAAGAGGUGAUGGUGAUCGAAACAGGGGUCUAUUCCAAGCACUGCUCCGACAUCCUCUAUGCCACCAUGCCGAUGAACCUGACAUAUCAAGGAGUUGCGGGCCUUGCCGAGUCCGUCUCUACGGAGACAGAACACAACUCGCGUCUUGCAAAGAUCAGCACUCUUGAGAUCCAGAUCCCCCUCGUCUUUCUCGACCUGGGCGUCUUUGACCCCUCAUUAGCUAUCAAGUUCCCAACUCCCCGCGCAGAUGCCCCCAUUGGUUUGCCUGAGCUCACCGAUCGUGUUGUCGUAUCCCACGUUGUAGCCUGCACAGUCCUUGUGGUCUGGAACCAUUCUCUGAGGUUCAUGGAUGUAUGA